CCCGGUCAUAUGUGCGUACUUUGUGAUCUAAAGUGUUACAGUUUAAAGCGAAAUACAUCUCAUACAGCCUGUUUAUGUAAUUGCGCAACAUAUGUCGCUAAGUCGGGUUUCCCUCGGACGAGGUGUGGUGCUGUCACGCACCAACCUUAAUCUAAGUGGAGGCCUCGCAAUGGCCAUGAAAUUUCCUGUGGCGAGUCACAUCGAUUCCGGACGUCGGACGAUCUUUGGUAAGAAGGACAAUUUGGAACAUGGAAUCACGUUUCGGAUACCGACCAAAGACAACACGACCGUAAGCAAACGAAAGGACGCGUUCAAAAUUCAGAGCGAUAAGGCGCGCGAUAAGCAGGCUUUCCUUGAAGUUAUUGAAAGAUUUAAAGUAGCCAAUCCUUCUCGAAAAGGACACGUCGAAUUCAUUACAGUAGCUUUAGACCACAUGGAAGAAUAUCAGGUUGUAUCGGAUUUGGACGUAUUCUAUGAGCUUAUGGAUCUCUUUCCCAAACACAAGAUGCUCCCGGAAACUCUUAUCCAGGCAGCACUCUAUCAUUUUCCGCGGCAUCAGGAGGCAGGUUUAGCGAUCCUUGAGAAAAUGGAGGUUGGCGGAGUGAUGCCUGAUAGGACUAUCAGAAAUCUAGUCCUGGAUACUUUUGGCUCCGAAUCACAUGUAUUCAAAAAACUUUGUCGUUUGAUGUACUGGGUGCCGAAGUUCAAGAAUGCAUCACCUUACCCCCUGCCGAAGCCAGUUCCGCGUGAUCCUCGGUUAUUGGCUCGUCUCGCCAUUGAGCGCAUUACUGGGGUUGAUCUUGAGACAGAGGUCGUGGACCUUCAUGCUGAUGAUGUGCCUGAUUCAAUCGAUAAGACCUGGAUAAUUUCUGGACAAAGUCCAAAGCAACAAGAACUUCUUGCCCAAGAGACCGGAAAGGUACCCUUACGGAUAGAAGGCCCGCAGCGAGUUUGGUUGAGGGAUGCGCUCAUCAGUUACUUCUGUCUCGUGGGAAAUCCACGGGAAAAACCCGAAAUUCGUAUCAAUACAGAUGACGUGUCAAACUUGAAGUUAUUGUUCUUUGGUGAGAAAGCCGAACCCUCGCAGGAUCUUUCAUUACUUCCUACUGUUCACGAGCAGUCCGAUUCUACUAUAUUCGCGGUUUGCUCCACCGGGACAUCAUCCAGAGAUUCGUUGCUUUCAUGGCUACGGUUGCUCCAGAAGACAAACCCAUGUCUAGAAACACUUCCUGUCGUAUUUCAGCUCUUGGCACCCACAAACGCACUGACUACCAUCGGAAAGGGGUCUACCAAUGAGAGAGGAUUCGAAAGGGAUUGCGGAACCGAACAUUUAGUGGGAAAGAGCGAUCUGGAUUUAUGGGAUACAUUUGUAAAUACAGAACAGAUAAAAAAUAAGCAGGAAGAAUUAGUUAGUAGUGAUAGUAAUACUACAAAAACAUAAUAGCAAUGUUUUAUUUUCAUUGAAGGUAGUCCAGAGUCGUCUGGGAAUCAUAUAGUCAAGUUGUCAUAAGUUAAUAAUUUGCUUUUUUCGGCUUGUUAGCGGGAUCCUAUACCUGCUGUAAAACAAAUUUAUAUUAACACAUAUAUACAUGUGUACACAUAUUCUUGCGAAAAAAAGGGUAUGUGCUGGGUUACUAGCUGCUAAAGCAUGAGGAGAAAUAUAGUCAUAUUGACAUAUUUCGAGCUAGAGAUGGCUAGGAAAUACGGUCAGACCGCCUCAACGAACAUAAUUUUAUUUUAAUUACUCAGCGUAUACAAAUAUUUAUGUUUGGAAUAAAAAGGUUGUCGCUUCUGGUAUUCAGACUAUAUGGCACGUCGUUUUUCUAUAGUUGUUGUCAACUGGCGAUCGAAGCAUAUGACUUAUAGUACAGCACUUACAUUUCCAAAUGUUUCGGCUCUAAAUAAGUAAUAUAUGAAAAGAAGCGUACAUGCAUUUCGGAGCACAAAUAAGUAUUGUAGCAGGUUAUAAAGAAAAGCACAGGCAUUUUCUAUUGGGAGGUCUCCUAUCCAUUCGGUCUCGUUGGCCAGACAGGUGCUAUCGAAGUACAUAGAGUUUCCAAUUAUUAUGGGCUGUUUUUUAUAUUUACCUAUGUAUGAAUGAUCUGAGAACCCGUGUACUACAACCGGCAAGUUCUAGUACAAUUUUAGUGGUAAAGUCAAACGUAAAAGAAGAGGGUUUGUUAAAUGGGUCCAUGAUAAGCAUCGAACAAAUAAGCUCAAUUAUAUUUGUGUCCUAAAACCGCUGUGAACUGCUAUUAGCUAUUAUUUUAGGAUCACCAAAUUUAUAGAGCCAUGAUUUUUCGAAUUUUGUAUUUAUCUCUCGACCACUAUAAAACAUUACUGAGUCCGGUUGCUGAGUUAGCGCUGUCACUCACAGAACGUUUUUUAUCUUUAGACAAAAAAACUGCUAUUUCCGCCCACUCGUACACUCUGUAAAGACGCACAUUGUCACCCCCCUAUCCACGUAUCACCGUCUAUUGCAACGUUGCCCAAAAGCGAUAUCUGUUACUUUUCAUUUUUCCCUCAGUAUCUACUCGUGUUUUAACGACUGAAUU